UGUCGUUUGGGUGUGUGCCUGCCUGUUCCCCGGCCCGAGGAAAAGCGCUCGCCUGUGGCAGCAUGUAGAGAGACUCUCCAGUACUCGCUCGGAGUGCGACGCCAUGCUGAAAGAAACACAGAUGUGUCGGUAGAUCACUUACUGAGACGUGGCAAGCGCUCGGAGCCGGUAAAAUGGCAACCGAAAGUUUCUAACAGCUACGUGUUUAUUAAGUAAGUAGGUGAAAAUACUAGCCGCUCCCUAUUAGUCAAGGUCAGGCGGGGACGCUGUGGAGUUUACCAAUCAACCUAAAGUGACUGAAUCAUCCGCAGUCUCAGGAAGUCCAAGACAUCGCUACUGAGUGGAGUAGUUUUACCAGGUAGUCUGUACUUUAAUUUAUUGUUUACGUAGACUAUUUAGGCUAAAUUCGUGUCUCACUUCGUGGAAGUGUAUCAUCCGGAUUGUAAAUGACGACCACGGGAAAUGAGUCGGAUCUGGAAUGGACUGGAGCCAAGCCUCGAGCCCAGGGUCCGGAGUCGACUCCUUCUCCAUCAGGAACCAAAGCGGAUUCAGUGGCAGACCUGGAGCCGAGCAGGGAGCCUCAGACCACCGUCGAAGACGCCAAAAACACUGGACUUAAAUUCGCCAAAACGUUCCUGCUUGUUUUUCCUGUUUAUGUAUUAGGUUAUUUAGGGUUCAGUUUCAGUUGGAUCCUCAUCUCACUGGCCCUGCUGUUUUGGCUCAGACGGAACCAGGGAACGAGGUUCUCAGGAGUAAACAAAGCACUGGCCUUUUUCGAGCACGAAGAGAAAGCAGUGAAACAGAGUUUAUCAACUUCUGAGCUGCCGCACUGGGUUCAUUUUCCUGAUGUGGAGAGAGUGGAAUGGCUCAAUAAGACAGUUCAACAGAUGUGGCCAUAUAUUUGCCAGUUUGUUGACAAACUCUUCCGUGAGACCAUCGAGCCAGCCGUCAAAGGAGCCAAUGCCCACCUCAGCUCUUUCUGCUUCUCCAAGAUUGACAUGGGCGACAAGGCCCUGAGAGUAAAUGGAGUGAAGGUUUACACUGAGAAUGUAGACAAACGACAGAUUAUCAUGGACCUUCAAAUCAGCUUUGUUGGGAACACACAGAUCGAUGUGGAGAUUAAGAAAUACUACUGUCGAGCAGGCAUCCACAGCAUCCAGCUGCAUGGGGUAUUGAGAGUCAUCAUGGAGCCGUUGCUGGGAGACAUGCCUCUGAUUGGAGCACUGUCUGUUUUCUUCCUCAAAAAGCCUCUGUUGGAUAUUAACUGGACAGGUCUGACUAACAUGCUGGACAUCCCAGGACUGAAUGGACUGUGCGAUGGUGUGAUUGAGGAUGUUAUUUGCAGUUACUUGGUGCUUCCCCAGAGAAUCACCAUUCCACUGGUGGGAGAUGUAGAACUGGCCAAGUUACGCUUCCCAAUGCCAGAGGGUGUUGUCCGAGUGCAUUUUCUAGAAGGCCAAGAGCUGUUGGCUAAAGACAGAUUUCUAGGUGGUCUGAUCAGAGGGAAAUCUGAUCCAUACGGGGUCAUUAAGAUUGGCAAUCAGCUCUUCCAGAGCAAGGUCAUGAAGGACACCCUGAAUCCCAAAUGGAAUGAAGUAUAUGAGGCAUUUGUGUAUGAUCCACCAAAACAGACUUUCGAAAUUGAGCUGUUUGAUGAAGAUCCUGAUGAAGAUGACUUCCUUGGCAGGCUUACGGUUGACCUAAAUGAGUUGCAGAAAGUGCAGAAAAUUGAUGAGUUGUUUGUGCUGGAUGAGGUGGCAACAGGAAAACUGCACUUAAAGCUAGAGUGGCUCUCGCUUCUUGCUACGCCAGAGAAACUAGACCAGGUGUUGACCAGUAUUAGGGCAGAUAAAGGCCAGGCAAAUGAUGGUCUCUCCUCAGCACUACUGCUUAUACACCUGGAUUCGGCCAAGAACCUGCCUUCUGCGAAGAAAGUCACCAGUGAUCCCAGUCCCUUGGUCCAGUUUAAAGUCGGACACACGGUUUAUGAGAGUAAGACGCGUUAUAAAACCAAUGAGCCUGUUUGGGAGGAGGCUUUCACAUUCCUAAUACAUAACCCAAAGAGUCAGGACCUAGAAGUGGAGGUAAAAGAUGAGAAGCAUGAGUGUACAUUAGGGAAUUUUACUCUCCCUUUGACUCGGCUGCUGCAGGCUGAGCAGAUGACCCUCAAUCAGCAAUUUCCACUGAAGAGUGCAGGACCCAAUGCUACUCUCAAAAUGAAGAUUGCACUAAGGAUUCUUAGUUUGGAGAAGUUUUCAGUUUCGGACCAGUCAUCAUCUGUGCAGGUUCGCAAUCAAAGUUCUAGUGUCGUUCCAAGUGCAUCAAAUUCCAGCCUUUCCCAAAAUGCCUCAAGUUCGAAGAAUAUCCCCAAAACCUCAGGUACUGGUGUCAGCUCCAAGCCUUCUUCACAGCUCCCACUUGUUUCUGAACAUCAGUCUGUCCCUGACCUCCAAGAGUUGGGUGAGUCUGUCUUGAACACCCCAUUGGAGGACUCCCCAGUUCGUCUAGCAGAUACAGGCAGGAGUACAUCUAACUUGGCAAUUUCAGGCUCUCAGAUGAACCUGAACAACAAAGAGCCAACACCAAGCAUUGCCUCUGACAUCUCCCAUCCAUAUGCUUCCCAGGAGCUACAGCACCGACUUAAAGAGCUACAGAAUGGUUCUACUUCUGGUCAUUUUCCCCUGGGAGAGAUUCGGCUGACAAUAAGACAUAGCUCCCAACGGAACAAACUUAUAGUAGUGGUACACUGUUGCAGGAAUCUGAUAUCAUUCACAGACAGCGGUUCUGACCCAUAUGUGCGUCUGUAUCUGCUCCCGGAUAAGCGGCGAUCUGGACGUCGAAAAACGCACACAAUCAAGAAAAACCUCAACCCAGUCUACGACCAAACCUUUGAGUUCAGUGUGUCACUGGUGGAGCUGCACAGGAGAACUUUGGAUGUAGCAGUGAAAAAUGGAGGAGGACUUCUGUUUAAACACAAGGGUCUUCUGGGCAAGGUGAUCGUGGAUUUGACAUCCGAGGACACAUCAAAGAGCUGGACCCAAUGGUAUGAACUGAGUGAGGAUGGACUGAAAAAACCAUCUGUUUAAUUGGAACACUUGGUUUCCUUCUGCUGGCCAAAAAUCAAGACUUCCUGCAUAGAGUCCCUGCACAGACUACAAAUGUCAGCCAUGUUUAAGUGCUAUUUUGGUGGAUGGACAUUUAUAUAUAAUGUACAAUAUUCAUUUUAAGAUUUUUUUUUUUAAAUUUAGAUGACCUUCCAAUAAUGCUUUAGAUCUGAUUUAACAUGCAGCUGCUGAGGUUGCUUUAUGGUCUCAUCUUUUAAUUUGUACAAUAGAAGGGUGUGUGUGUGUGUGUGUAAAGAUUUAGUGAUGGAAAAUGAAAAUUUACAAGUCAAAUAAACAUACAUAAUGACAAUUUUAUCAGAAGUCACAGCUGUGUGUGUGUGUGUGUGUGUGUGUGUGUGUGUGAGAGAGAGAGAAAUUUUUAUUUUUUAAAUAUAUUUUCAUGGAUAAAUAUGCUUAAUUCUAAACUAAUUAUGUACCUAUCCCGUGUCCUAGUAUGGCAUAUGAUGCACUUGCAAAUGUUUGUGUGCACUGGGUUUGGGGAGACCGAUGGGGAAUUUACAUGUUACACAGGAUUGUUUGGUUUUCUUUUUUUUUUUUUUUUUUGGGGGGGGGGUUACUUUUUUUAAAAUAAAUAUUUACCAUGAUGUGUAUUUGCUCACUUGCAAAUGCCUUUAGAAAAUACUUUUAAGGCUGUAUAGAUGCAAACCAAAGCGUAGUCUCUCCUGCUGGUUACUGCAGUCCCUUUAAAUCCUCUGAACUGAGUUUUGUAGCAGACAGGGACACCUUCUAAUUUUUUGUUUUUAUCAACACAGGGGUUCAUCAUUAAGAAUUACUAUGUAGAGUGAAGUAGUAGCAAAAUGCUGUUGAAAGGCUCCUUUGUGAUGAGCUUUCAGGGGUGUGUGUAUAUAUGUGUAUGUAUGUGUGUGUAUAUAGUGUGUGUUUAUUUAUAUAUAUAUAUAUAUAUAUAUAUAUAUAUAUAUAUAUAUAUAUAUAUAAUUUCAUGUGCCUUAGCUCUGCUUGGGUGUAUUGGUGGCAACUGCAUGUCCCUGCAAAUUUGUAACAUCACAUGUAUUCAUGAAGUAAAUAUUGUUGCAAAUCCAUAUUGUUAAUAAUUAAGUAGGCUAUAAAUUGGGUACCACUAGAGGUCAUCUGAUGCAUGGUUUGAUGGACAAAUAAUGCACACUCUCUCCCAGUAUGUAGGCAAAAUGACACUUAAUCAGACCUAAACUGAAAGCUACAAGAUCAGGAGCAGGGCCAUUUUGCCGAUUUCAUGAUAUUAUUUAUACCCACCCCAUCUAUUACUAGUCACAGAAUUAUUCGAACGCAUUAACAGUUAAUUGGAAUGCUAACAGUAAUUCGCCCAACAUUAGCCAGAUUCUCCAGACAAGUGGCUCUUACAGCAUUAUUCAGAAUCUGAAACUCAAUAAACUUAAAACCAUUGUAAA